AUGGAGUUCCUGCCUCGGCAGUUUCUGUUCGGAGUCUGCGCCGUGGCGCUGGUCAUCGGUCUCGCAGAUGCUGCGCACGUCGAGACAGCGCCAGUGGUGGUCGGCCUGGCCAGGUGCUCCGACUGCACCAGGAAGAACAUGAAUGCCGAGGCAGCUUUCAAAGGUCUUCAAGUGGUUGUCAAGUGCAAGAGCAGCAAGGGCGAGUACGAGAGCAAGGUCGUCGGGCAAUUGGACAAGUCUGGCGCCUUCAGCGUGCCUCUCGCUGCUGACCUUGUGGGCGAGGACGGAGAGCUGCAGCAGGACUGCCUAGCGCAGCUCCACAGCGCGUCGAACUUGCCGUGCCCCGGGCAGGAGCCCUCCAAGAUCGUCGCCGCAGAGCCCAGCCACGGCAGCAAGACGACCUUCAUGGCGCUCGCUGGGAAGGUGCACGAACCGUCAGCGGAAUGCGCCUCGGCGUUCCUCUGCCAUCCGCCCAUGAUCAAGCCGCCCAAGCAUGAUCAUGAUCACCCUCACCUGCCUGGCAUCAAGCCGCCCAAGCAUGACCACGAUCACCCUCACCUGCCUGGUAAGCCCAUCCCACCCAAGCACGAUCACGAUCAUGACCACGACCAUGACCAUGACCACGAUCACGCACUCCCGCCUGUCGCCAAGCCACCAACGCCCACGCCGAUCUACGGCCCCCCGUCCGAGCGCAAUGCUGUAACCGACCCACAGCUCUUCAAGAAGAUGCUCCCAUUCCUCAAGAAACUGCCCUUCUUCCCUCCUGCCAUGCAGAACGGGAAACCAUAG